AUGUGUAUUUCUUUUUCCAGUUCGUUUGUUCCAGAAUCUGAGGUGAUGCUGUCGAGAUUUCGCUUGCAAAGACGCCAUGUGGUUACUAUACUUGCAUUUUUCGGUUUUGCCAAUAUUUAUGCAAUGAGGGCGAAUCUCUCAGUUGCCAUUGUACAGAUGACUUCCGACACGAUUGCCACUGUGAAUGGCCAGCAACGCGAGAAGAAGGCUGAAUUUGGUGAGUGGGAUUCGGUGACACAGGGCGCCAUUCUGGGAGCAUUCUUUUACGGCUACAUCUUAACGCAACUUCCCGGCGGCUGUCUGGCGCACCGUUAUGGAGGAAAAUAUGUUUAUUUUAUGAGUAUUUUUGGAACUGCUGUAUUCACACUUUUAUCGCCUCCGUUGGCCAAGAUGGGAAAAAGUUUGCUUAUGGCUGCAAGAUUUUUUGAAGGAUUUUUUGAGGGUGUCUCGUAUCCGUCUAUGCAUGCAAUUUUGGCAAAUUGGGCACCAGUAAUGGAGAAAACCCGAAUGACUGCUAUUGCUUAUACUGGUUCUUACGUUGGUACUGUCGUUGCUAUGCCCGUAUCGGCAGUACUUGGGCAGCAGUUAGGAUGGCCAUCCAUAUUUUACUUUUUUGGUAUGCAUCCCAAUUUUAUUAAAUUUUUUAAUAAAUUGAGCUUUCACCGCCAUGAUGAACUUUCCCACGCAACUGUUCCAUGGAAACACAUUUUUGGAAGUAAGGCCGUAUGGGCCAUUGUGGUCGCUCACAUAUGCCAGAACUGGGGUUUUUAUACGAUGCUGACAAGUUUGCCACGCAUACUAGAAAAUUUGCUUAGUUACGAUCAUCAAACGGCUGGUUCGCUGGCUGCUUUGCCAUAUCUUGCAAUGGGACUUUUGUUUCAUCGCAUAAUUUGUCCCCCUUGGUAUUUGAGAAAUCGCCUCAAAAUUUACAGAUUUGUUUUCUUAGGAUUGCUAGGAGAAGCCGUAUUUCUGUUACUGGCAACAACCGGAGUUUGGGAUUCUGUGAUUCUCAUAUCAUUAAUAGCUUCUGUUGGUCUGGGUGGUCUUGCAUGGAGUGCAUUCUCCGUUAACUCGCUUGAUAUCGCUCCACAGUAUGCUGGCUAUCUCAUGGGACUUUCAAACACAUUAGCAACACUACCGGGAAUGAUUAGUCCGUUAUUUGUUGGCAGCAUUGUCAAAAACCAAGUCGCCAGUGAAUGGCACUCGGUCUUUUUCUUCACAUCAGGAAUUUACAUCUUUGGUGCAUUUAUGUUUUGGCUGUGGGCAAGAGGUGAAGUAGAGGAAUGGGCAUCAAAUCGAAUUGCACUUUCGGGGGCUGAUGACUAG